CUUCAGCAUUUGAGUGUUUGAGUGUUGUUGAAGGAAGGCAACAACACAAAAUCAUGAAGCUAGUCAACACCAUCAUUUUAACCUAUACAAUCCUACUCAUUCUUUCUACACCAAUUUUUUUGUCUUUAAAAGCUCAAGAGAAUGGAACCGGCAUGGCUACAAUGCCGGUCCAAUCAUCAGAAGGUGGUUUCUGCAAAUCAAUGGUGGAGACCAAUGGCUAUGAAUGUGAAGAUCACAAUGUAACUACAAAAGAUGGUUACAUUCUCAAUGUGGUAAGAAUUCCUAUGGGGCGGUGCCGUGACUGUCGGACGCGAGGAAACAAGUCGCCCGUGCUGUUGCAGCACGGGGUGUUUGUGGAUGGAAGAUCAUGGCUGCUAUUACCCCCGAAACAAUCUUUGGCAUUCAAUCUGGCCGAUAAUGGCUACGACGUCUGGCUUGUUAACUCACGCGGAACAGAGUACAGUGAAGGGCAUACAUCACUCAAUUUUGAUGAUCCAGCCUACUGGAAUUGGUCGUUGGACGAAAUGGUAGCUUAUGAUCUUCCUGCAACAUUCCAAUAUGUGUAUGAUCAAACAGGUCAAAAGUUGCACUUUGUUGGGCAUUCACUGGGAACUUUGAUGAUUAUGGCUGCCAUGUCAAGGGAUCGGCUAGUGAACAUGUUGGAAUCAGUUGCAUUACUCAGCCCAGUUGCUUAUAUGGGUCAUACCACUUCCCUACUUUCAAGAGUUAUUGCUGAUAACUUCAUUGCUGAGACAUUGGACUCGUUAGGCUUCUACAAAUUUGAUAUGAGAAAUGUCAUUAUUAUAGAAAUUCUGAAGGUGAUCUGCCGAAUACCAAGUGUUGACUGCACCACCUUGUUAUUCACACCAUAUACAGGUCAAAACUGUUGCAUGAAACCUUCCAUAAUGGAUAUAUUUCUAGAUCAUGAACCUCAGCCAGCAGCGAUGAAGAUCGUCAUCCAUAUGUGUCAGCUGAUUAGAGGAGGAAACACAACAAUGUUUGAUUACAAUGAUUCUGGUACGAACAUAAAGCACUAUGGGCAACCAACUCCUCCUGCCUACAACAUGAUCGGCAUUCCAAAAGACCUACCCAUCUUCCUCAGCCAUGGUGGAGCCGAUGCUCUUUCGGAUGUGGAUGAUGUGAAGCUCUUGCUUGAUAGUCUCCAAGGUCAUGAUCCAGACAAAAUUGUUGUUCAGUUCAUAGAACGUUUUGCGCAUGCAGAUUAUUUAAUGUCAGGAAAUGCUAAAGAACAUGUAUACGAUCCUUUUAUUGCCUUCCUCAGUAGGCUACAUUGAAAUAUAGGCCAAACCAAUCCACAGCUUCUGAUGAAUUUGGGGAAGUUUUUUAACAUGUAAAACAUGAUACAAAACUAAGAAAUAAAUUGACACAGUAA